AUGCCCCUUCCCGUCCAAAGCCUGCGCUUCCCGGUAGGAGACGCAAGGAGCUCUCCGCCAGCGAGACGCCUCCAGGACGGUUCGCAGAGCGGAGCCGGCGCUCUGGGCUGCAGGGCCCGCAGGACACUGAGCGCGACCCCGACGCCCCUCCCCCAGCAGAGCUGCCGGCAGCUGGCUCCAGGCCCGCUAUUCCCUCACCUCGGGCUACUGCCCGGGGUCCGCGCAGCUCCAGGCCUGCCUCUCCGGCUCACCUCUCGGGAGACCAGGUCCUGCUCUAGCGGCUGCUUCGCGCGCAAAAGCGCCCCUGGGCUCGGCCCGGCCCCUCCGGAUUCACCCCGGCUCAAGCCCGUGGGGCACCGAGAACAAUGGACGGGAGAGGCCCGCCCAUCGCCCCGCUCAUUGGCUGCCGAGAACGGCCCUGGAAAUUCUGCCUUUCUAUUGCUGCGAACCCUGUGGCAAGGAGUAUUGUCAGGCACCCUCGACCGGCAAGAGCAGACCCUGGGCAGGAAGGGAGGCCAUGGGGGAACAAAUCCUUAUCGCCCAAGCCUGGCGCCUUUCCCCCAGUUUGCAGCUGUACACAGGCACUCGGUCUUCGCACACCCCUCUGUUUUCGCACGUGGUAUUCCUGUGUUUGGAGGAACGUCCUGCCCCGCCUCCUCUGCCGCGGAACUCCCAUUCUUCCAGCUUCUCCUGGCCGCGCUGGUGCCGCUGCCCAGCCAAGCGGUGUGCACCACCUCUGCCGCGCCCUACCUCGCCCUGCCCGGGUCUCCAGGAAGGCUGGAGCGGAACCCUUGGCUCCUGCGCUGCUCUGGUGCCACCUGCAGGUUAUGUGUGGCAAUUGCUUCUCCCCAACCCACUACCUACUACCCCGCCUUCCCGGCCCCCUCCCCGACGGCCUUGGACUUGGCCAAAAGACAUUCAGAGCACGCGAAGCUCCGGCCCGGGAGUGGGCUGGACCCGACAGAGCCCCGCCUCCUGUCGGUGGAGUCGGUUACAAGGGGAGCAGCCGCCCAGGCCGCCACACAGCUCCCCGCAGAAGCCUCGGUGCCCCUUACCAUUUUCCAGCCGUGCUCCGACUACAGUGGAGGCAGUGGGGAGAGGCAGAGCGGCCAGAGCUCCGCCGGGCUGUCCUGCCGGGUGGUCGUGGCCAUGACAGGGGCUCCGGAUCGGCUCACCUUCCGCGCCCCUCCCGCCGGAAAUGAGGGUAAGAUGUCCGUGUCAGGGUUCAAGGCCAAGCUGAAGUUGCUAGCCUCUAUCUUCCACAAGAACCAGGAGCCGCCGCAGCUCACGCUCCACUGCAACGUCAUGAUGAGGCGCCCAGCCGCGGCCUCGCGGGUCAGGGCGAGGGCGGAGAGGAGGCUCCUGGAGUCCCGGGACAAAGGAGAGCCUGCCCCGGAGAGGCCCCGGUUCCCCGGGCUGGGCCAACACACCCCUUUCUCCUGCGACUGGCCUGGCCCAGAUCGCGGGGACUGCUGGAGGCUUGGGCCUCAUUCCUCAGUCAGGUUUUCCUUGUUCUCUCGUGUUCAGCCAAUCGUUUUUGAGUUUGUGUUUAAGGAGAAACUAACAAUGAAAACGGACUUGUUGAGGGAGAAAAAGUUGGAAUGCAGCCUCUGGUGCUGUUUGAGCGAUCCCUCCCCGGGCCGCCGCUAUGUUCUGGAAAGGCGCAUUGUACCGUGGAUGCGGCAGCUUCAUCAGCAAUUGAAGUGCUGGAUAUGUGGACUCUGCAGAUCAGAUAACCUUCCUAAGCACCUGGAUGUUGAGAUGCCAGAUCAACCACUACCCAUAGGUCAGAAUGGGACAACAGAAGAAGUGACUUCAAAAGAAGAGGAAGAAGAAGAGAUGGCUGAAGAGGUGGAGAACUUAGAUCACUAUGAGAUGAAAGAAGAGCCUAUUAGUGGGAAAAAGUUGGAGGAUGAAGGAAUUGAAAAAGAAAAUUGGGCAAUAUUAGAGAAAAUUAGGAAGACUGAAAGGCAAGACCAUUUAAAUGUGCUGCAGUGUCUGGGUCAGUGCAAGCUUCAGAUAGACUUAUGGAAGAGCUCAGGGACAUAUACAGAUCACAGAGUUAUAAGACAGAAGUUCCUGUCUACCAUCAGCAUUUCCAAAAUUUGAAGAUUAAGUGUUGUGUUAACUCAUUAACUAAUGAAUAGACUUUGAGCAGUUGUGGAAUCAAAAUUUCAGUGAGUACCUGGAUAGUCUAAUUCUGUUAAAUCAAUGAGUACACAUUUUGUGCAAUAUCCUCUUAGCCCAGUGGCAGAUUUAAGGAGUGAGAGAUCAAUUUCUAUGUUUCAGAAAUCAAAUACACAAAGAAUAAAAAUUUUUAAUCCCAUGAUUCUUUACCUGAGUUUAGUUUUUUGGGGAGUUUUUCUUUUAGAUUUUCUUUCCUUUCCAUUAAACUUUCACUUUGAAAGGUACCAGGGUUUGGUCAAAGCAAGUGGGAAAGCCACUUGCUUGGAUUCUCCAGGGCAAAGGAGUUAAAGAGAACUUCUUUCCCUCAUUUUGUUAUUGAAUAAUGUCAUGAUAACAAUUAUUAAGCUGAAUGGUCUACAGUAGAAGUUUUUAGAUGCCUUCUCUGCAAAACCAUUUGGUUUAGUCAAUGCAAGGAUGCCUUUGGUUAGCUGAAAUGGAAGAUGUGCAGGCUAGAGUGGUCUUGGCAAGUCUUCUUGGGGGGAAAUACAGCAUUUGGAAGGUAGGAAGCAAAAGGAAUCUUAGGCAAGGGAAAGGUGUGGCCAGAGC